AUGUCGGAUCUUGGUGGUCGCGCGAGCAAUGGCGGCGUCCGGACUACCGGUCCCGUACCUGUUCCAGGCGGGAGCACACCCGCCGGUAUCCGCACGCCACGAGACAUCAUGCGCGAUCGCGUUACGCGUGAAGCUCGGCGGCAGGAAGAAGACCAGAAACGUGCGGACGAGAAGAGGAGAAGUGAGGAGCGGAGGAAAAGUGCGGAGCGGAGGGCGGCGACAAUACCCACGGUACCUGGAGCUGUACCUCGAUUCAGUAACACCUCAUCACAGUACAGUCCUGAUGUCUCGGCGCAGACCGGUGGAUUCGAUGGAUCUUCGGAUCGUUACUCCCGCGUAGCUGGGGAAGUCGCUGGAACCAACGUGCUGGGUGAACCGACGGGUCGGUCUUCAGUAGACCAAGUUCAUCGCCGAGGAGCAAGCAUGUCACAAGUCGAUCAACCGCGUCCCGCAACGGCAGGCGCAACUCGCCGAACGCAGCAACACACUGCCCCCGCACCCGUCCAACCAUCUCCUCUCAAACAGACCUCGGCGACCCUUCCACAGGAAAGCAACUCCCAGCGCAACACAACUUCCUCCUUCCCUCACGCCUUUGAGCGAUGGGAAACUCUCUCAUCACAUUGGGAAGGUCUCACCUCGUACUGGCUUCAUAAACUGGAGUCGAACACGGAGGAGAUUCGCGAGACGGUUCCCAAUGCCUCAACCUUGAAUCGACAGAUUACGGAUCUGUCGGCUGCUGGUGCCAAUCUCUUCCACGCCGUUGUAGAGUUGCAGAGACUGCGAGCGAGCAGUGAGCGGAAGUUUCAGAGAUGGUUCUUCGAGACAAGAGCAGAUAACGAGCGAAGCCGAGAAGUGCAGGCAGGGUUGGAGAGGAGUUUGGCUGAGGAGCGGAAAAUCCGAGAAGAAGUUUCCGCUGUCCAUGUAGUGAAUAGUGAGGAGGUGGAGGCUGCUAGGAGAGAAGUAGCCGAGAUGAGGAGGGAGCUUGCGAUCAGCAAAGACGAAGCGCGACGAGCAUGGGAGGAGCUAGGUAGGAGAAACCAGGAAUCUCUCGAUCUCAGUCAAAGUCUGAAAGAGGGACGAGUGACGAUCRUGGGAGGGGUGCAGGUGGUUCCGUGGUUUGGACAGGGCGGAACGAGUGUUAGUCAAGGUGGUGCCGCGAGGAGUGCAUUUGUACAGAGUGACAGGGAUGGUGAUGAUGGACAAUACUACCACCAGGACCUCACCACAGCGCAACACGCUUCGGCUGCCAGUCCUACCAACACGGACCCCUUCACCGAAGGCGCAAGAGGCGGUCAGGUUUCAUCUGGAAGAGACUAUCUUCCGACAGCGGCCCCCAGCGCGAACCAAUUCGCCGCUAUGGCUAACACCUCUGCUCAGCAACAGCCGAUGACGACUGCUGCCGUUCAUCGCGCCGCUACAACUACAGCGGGAUCUGCUUCCGGUUCGAGUGGAAGCGGAAAGGGCUUCUAUCAACAAGGGAAUGCUCCUCAGGUCGCGGCCCGACAGGAGCCUCGUGUCCGAACGGAAGAGGUCCGUUCUGAAGCCAGCUACGUGACUAGCGAGGGUGAUACGGAAUACGCCAUCGACCCGAGCGGCAACAUCCGUCGAGACGAGCACGGAGAGCCGGUAGUCUUCAACUCUCGUAGAGCGGACGGUAAUGUCAGCGACGAGGAAGAAGACUUUGAUGGUGAGGGCAGAGUCCCAGCACCGGAUGCUCCUGAAGGCAAUAGAGAAGGACCGGAUUAUGAAGGUCAGGGAUUCGAGGGGUAUCAGCAGUAUGUUCCUCGACAUCAUCAUCCAACAAGACUGAGUGAUGUGUUGGAGGAAGAAGAGGAGAGAAGUUCGAGGCGGACAGGGGACGUUUGA